GAGGGAAGAGGAGCUCUGGAGGUUUCCUGUUCCAUCCAGUCGAUGACGCUGUCUGCUGAAGGGAUUUAAAAGUCGGUCGAAGUGACAGAACGAGGAAACAGACGACAGGAACCUUCACCAGACGACCAGAAAACAGCAGCAGAGAGGCAAAAGACGGAGAAUGUGUCCCGUGUGGCUAUUGGUAGUUGUGGUGGUUGUGGGCGGAGCCAAAGGAGUCGCCAGUCAGUGCUGGGAGCAUCCAAGCUGCCAGGAUCUGAACUCUGAGAGCAGCAUGAUGGACUGCAUCCAGCUCUGCCGCUCUGACCUCACCGCUGAGACGCCCAUCGUCCCUGGCAACGCCCACCUCCAACCUCUGUCGGAUUCUUCCUCCCUCAUCCUCCCCGCCUCCUCCUCCUCCUCCAAUCAGGCAAAGCGCUCCUACUCCAUGGAGCAUUUCCGUUGGGGGAAGCCCGUCGGCCGGAAACGCCGCCCCAUCAAGGUGUUCACCUCCAACGGCGUGGAGGAGUCGGCCCAGGUGUUCCCUGGAGAGAUGAGGAGGCGGGAGCUGCUGGCAGAGGAAGAGGAGGAGGAGAAGGCGACGGAGGAGAUGGAGGAGCAACAGGAGGAGGAUAAGAGGGAUGGUUCGUACAAGAUGAAGCACUUCCGUUGGAGUGGACCGCCAGCUAGCAAACGCUACGAUGGCUUCAUGAAGACCUACGAGGGUGGAAAAAGACCAGCACUGUUCAGGAGCAUCAUCAACAAAGAUGGACAGCAGCAGGAGUGAGAAGAAGGAGGAGAAGAAGGAGUAGAGGAAGGAGAAGAUGUAGGAGAAGAAAGAGAAGUUCUCAUUGACCAACGAAGCUCGUUAGCAGACAAUUUAGUGACUAAUCAGCAGCUCCGAUGCUGCUGCUGCCUUUAAAUGAUCCUGAAUGAGUGUCAGAAAGGAAAAGAGAGCGUGAGAAAGAUGUUUUGAUAAUUACUGAUUCAUGCAAAUAUCUGUAUUUAUUAUAUGAAAACAUAAAGAGUUGUUCGCAAGCAAAA